AUGGCCAUCAUGUGGAAGCAGCUCCCGAAGGCCAGGGCGCCCAAGGCGGAGUGGCGGAUGCACGUCAAAGCCGACGAUCGCCUCGUUGUUCAGGUGCAGCUCCUCGACGGCGACGAGAACGUGAAGUUCGCGGCCCCGGUGUCCGUCGACCCGCACGACUGGGACACCCACCUCAACGCCCACCUGCAGCCGAUCUGGGACGAAGGCGCCGAGGGUGUCGAUAUCAAGUUCGCCAUCAUGGCCGGCGGGAACCGCUUCUCCCCGACCCACCCAGGCAGGCUGGCCCUGGAGGAGAUCCAUGCCAACACCGCGCUGGGAUGCACUGGCGUUGAGACGAUUACCUCCGUGGGGCUGAAGAUUGGAGACGACCAGGCCAUGAAGAACACCUGGACCCCCGAGCAGUUCGGGAGAGACUUCCCGUGGGGUGUGACCAUCGAUUUGGAGCGCCCGCAGGCAACCAUCCCACGCGAAGCGGCGACGGUCCUGAGGCAGGAGAAGCAGAUGGUGUCCACCGGGAAUCUGGACAGGAGCCAGAUUAUCACGCUCAUUGACAGCCUGAAGAACGCCACGGAGGCGUGCAGUAAGGUCUUGACCACUCAAGCUAAGCAUUUGCAGCUGGUUCUUUCCGCGCCGAACCGGCACGCGUUUGAGAUAGUCGAGGAAGACAUCAUGAGGAACUUCGUCGUCGAGGUGCUAUGGCAUUCCCGGGACUACAUCAAGAAUGAGCAGCCCCAGGACAUUUGGACCAGCGAGCAUAAGCAGCUGGUCAAGUUCUUGAAGGAGUUGGCCCAGAAUAUGAUGUCGGUAGACCUUCUCAAGACGCACACGACGGGUCCCAAGCAGUUCGUGUGGGAGGUCUUCCAUGGUCGCUCGGUGAACCACGAUGUCUGUACCCAGCUCCAGCGCGACACGCUGGUCCACUCGAUGGAGGACUGCAAGGAGAGGUGCAUCCAGAAGCGCCCUCAGGCGUGCAAGGACAGGAGGUGCGACGCUGGCAACGGGCAGGAGGCGCCGACGGUCUGCAACGCGGCCAGGCUACAGCGUCUGGGCGGGGGCGGGAUGGCCUGCGGCGUGUGGCACUGCGCCUCGUUCGACAGCGGGUUCCCGAAGGAUAAGGACGCGUACGAUCUGGCCAUUUACGCGGAGGAGCCUGACGAGGUCCCAGUCUGGGAGGCUUUGGCCCAGUUGGGGAACGUUCCAGAAGGCAAAUCUCAGAUACUGCGGGUCGCAGUGUCGGCCCUGGACAGCGAGGACCUUGCUCUGCUGGUCGACGCCGUGGCGGCGCUGCUGCCGCGGAAGUCGCGGGAGGUCUGGAUGACAGAGGUCCGAGACGCCACGCUUGGCGACACGGGGCCCAAGGAGGAGGCGCUCAAGCUCGAGGCGCUGCGGCAUGCCCUUGACGAGUGUAUGUUCGUGGACCUGUCGUGGGCGGGCGACGCGAACGUCACGAAGCCUCUGCUGGUGCACACGCAUCCGCAGGGGAAGGUUGUACCCAUGACUGUCGAUGUGGCCAUCAAUAACGCAGAGGUGAAACAGAUUUCUGCCGACUUCGAGGCGGACUUCUUCUCGGUGCGGCAGAGCUCACGCUCGAGGAAGGUGAAGAUCAUGGUCAGCGACGUGUGCCAAGUGGAGGUGCGUAUCAAGUGGAUCUGGAGCUUGCGCACCCGCGAGCUUUAUUUCCGGCGCCCUAAGCUGGUCCCUGUGGCGCAGGCCCUCUUCGCCGCCUACGACCAGUUCGUCACGAAAUUGCCGGACUACUCCGCUCAGGUCGUCGAGCGUCUCACCGCGCCUGCCGGCUCGUGGUGGGAUUGGUUGACGACCGGCUUGCCAUACGCCUCGACAAACGGGCGCUACCUUCACCGCAACAUGAAAUCGGGGAUGCACGACCACCUCAAGAUCCACGAGGGGGACCUGAUCGCGGACGACGCCGUGUUCAACUAUCCCAAGGCGCUCAGCACGUCCAAACACAGCGGCGAGCCGGCAUUCAUGUACAACGCGGGCCUGUCGCUCGCCAACUUGUUUGUGCGGGCCCUCGGCGACAUCCAGGCGCUGUUUUUCCUGUACUUCGCAGACCACCCCGACUGGGACGGAGACUGCAAUUCGCUGCCGUCAAAGUUCAACCUGUACUACGAGCAGGCCGGCAGGGGCUUCCCAUCGCACCGCGCAGGAGCGACGGUCGGCGAGAAGGGCGAGCCGCUUUCGGACGACGAGCGGGCUGCCUUCCUUGAGUGGCACUGGAUCUCCAAGCCCUUCACGUUCAGCAGGGAAUCCCAGCGGGCCGCAUUCUUCAAGCAGACCCCCCCGAUCCACGGCAAGGACAUGUGGGCCACGCCCGAUCAGUCCGAGCUCGGCGCGGAGAUGUGGCCCCACGUUUGGUGCGAGCUGGUCGAGGAGUACUGGGUCAAGGACGUGAGGGACGUGGUGAGGCAGUCGAUGUCAGCUGGCGAGGCUGCUGCCGCCGCCAGCAUCCAUGAGCUACUGAGCAACAUGCUCCAGGAAGCCUCCCUGGACAGCCUCGUGGACGGCACGAUCUCCAAGCCGCUCGUGGACAGUCUCCGCGAGGUCCAGCAGGAGCUGUCUCAGACCCCGAACCAGUGCCCGAGCGAGCACGAGCUCGAUGACGAGGCCGCCGUGCGAGGCAUGGUGAUGUUCCUCGGGGAGGGCAAGUGGAAGGAAUUGGCUGGCCAUCAGGUCAAGGUGCUUGACCUGUGCCGCGACACCGUUUCCAUGCUGAGGAAGCACGUAAUCACCGUGUCUAAGCAGAACGAAGAGAAACAUGUUGAGAAAACGUCAGAUGAAGUCGACCAUCAGAUAUUGGCCCUGAACUCUGUGGAGGACAACAUGCACGAUAUCGAGAUUCAAUGGAAGGACGAGCAGCGCCUGAUCGACGAGAUGCUGAACUCGACGCUGGACACCUGGGCGGCCCUGAGGUCCUCUAACGACCUUGACCCCGCGGUCGCGGCGGUGAAGAUGCAAACCUUCAAGAGCGCCAGGAACAAGGUGGAGGUGUCUUUGAGGCGCAAGAAGGAGAAGUUCGCGAAGAUGGAGCAGACGAUCUUCAAGGUCCUCAACGACUGCAAGGAGGCGCCCCUCUCUGCGAUCUCGGAGGUCGAGUACCACGAACACAGCAAGGCCCAGACCUACGGCAAGUCCCUGGCCAACGCCGUCCAGUUGUUGCAGAAGCGCGCGGUCGCCCAGGUCCAAAUGCUUUACGCCUGCUUCAACCUCCACUCGCGCCCCGACAAGCUCCCCGCCGACCGCUUCGGUGCCCACUUCUCGGAGACGUCCGCGCACCGCGACGCCACGCUGAAGCUUCUCAAGGAGGAGAUCGACCCCAGCACGAUCUCGGGCUUCGACAUGGACGGCAUCGACUUCUUCUUCCAGGAGGAGUGCCAGGUCCCAAUCGACGCCGACAACGAAAGAGCCCACCACGUGAGCGUGGACGAGACGGCGGAGCCCCGCCACGAGUGCGAGCGCGUGGUCCUGUCCAAGGCCUUCCUCACGCUGCUCCCCUCCCUGUCCACGCGCGCGGUCGGCACCUUCAAGGCACUGCAGGCCCACCUGGCGAGUCUGCGCAGGAGCCCCCACAGGGGCCUCGUGAACGACAUGAUGCUCGAGGUGACCAGGUUCCUGAAGUCCCUCGACGAUGGCCUGGACGACGACUUCUUCACCGCGUUCGCUUACCUCCGCGACGGCAGCCUGUACGGCGACCUGUGGGAGUCCCUGCCGCAGGCGGCCACGACGAUCGUGGCCACCCUCGAGCAGCGCACCAAGACGCGCCGCAGCUGGGUCGAGGAGAGCAUCAGCCAGAAGUCGCGGCUCACCACCGGGCGCCGCGCGCGCAUCCGGAAGCCGGAGCCCGAGGAGUCGGAGAUCCCCACAGCCAUCGACGGCUGCGUCUGCGAGGCGAGCUGGUCCGGCUGGCAGUGGAGCGCAGGGCUGCCCCGACGGGUGUACCUGGACGGCUGCGCGAGCAACGUCAGCAUCUCGGGCCUGCCUUUUGACGCCGCCGAGGUGCCUGGCUUCUGUCGCGUGCGGCAGAAGAGGAUGAGCCUGGUCAUUUGCAGGGACACCUUUGCGCGGUGCGAUCCCAAGGUGCUGAAGGAUACUCGCCCGACCUACUCGAUUUGGCGCGCGGGCCACAGCAACGCCUUCCACCGCUCCCAGCUGGUGAAGCUGCCGUUGGUCCAGGUGGACGUGUUCAUGAACUUUGACGUCCGGAACUUCCGUGGCGACUAUUGCACGCCUAAUUUCGCUCCUCUGCUGAUCCUGCAGUACAACUACCACUGGUCGGCGUUUUCCUGGUCUCCGUGGGAGGUGCGGCGCACCAACUGCCUCGGCGCGAGGCUCCACCCGCCCGGGGUCUCGCUGCUGCUGGUGCGCUGCCAGCGCGGCAGCGGGGACGCGGUCUCCGUGGAGUGGGAGCUGGUGGCCGAGAAAGAGAACAGGGUGGGCUCUGCGUACCUCAUCGCCUAUCUCGUGGCCUUCGGUGGGCCGGCGGACUACAACACGUGGGGCACCUCCGAUGGUGACAUGAUGGAGUCGUGGUUUACUGGCUCGUGGGGAGGGAACCUGAUGGACAAGAUCACGGGCAACGGGCUGGCGGGGGUCCUCAAGCAGUCGAUCUGGAGCGGGCAGGCCGAUGGCUACGGCUACCUCAUGACGGACCAGGUCAUGUCGUCGGGGCCGUCCUUCUGGUUGGCGACCAUAGCGGAGGUAAUCGGGGCGUACAACGUCGCCAGCCUGGCCGUCGAAAAGGAGGACGGGCAGAGCGUAAGCAUGUUCGCGAUGGUCAGCGCGGUCGCCACCGGCGUCUGGAGGGCCCUUCAGAGGUACGGCGCGGUGCCCGCGAAGUGGGGCGUGGACGUGAGCCUGAGUACUGUCACCAAGGCGCUGGAGACCGUGAGCGGCGUCGUGAUCAGCCCUUGGCGCAACGAGCACGACGUGCUCCUCUCCUUCAAGUACUCGCGACACUCGUACUCGCACAAGAGGACCGUGGCUGACAUGAUCGACCGCCUCUCCACCCCGCAGGUGCGCGCCGUGCUGGACGCCACCGCGGAGCACGGCGUGGCCGCCGACGAGAUGGCGACCGGCGAGUGGUGGCGCUCGUACCAACAGAGGCCCUCGCACGGGCCGGAGGAGAUCAACAACCUCGGGAGGGACACGAUGAUUGAUAUGAUCAAGCGGUGGGCUCUGAAGGUGAAGAUUGAGUACGCCUCGCAGGAGCUGUUCACCUCCUGCAAGCACAGGCCCAGAUGGUUCAGCGUGUCGGGGCCUGGCGUGUUCCCGUUCUGGUCCAUGAAGCACUCCUCGUGGAUGCAGCCGGCGAUCGAGAAAGGCACCGAGGUGUUGCUGAUGCCGCAGUCCGAGGGUUGGCUGCGAGAGGCUCGCGGCCGCGAGAGAGGGUGA